AUGUCCGACCAGAACAACCAGCAACAGCAGAAGGGAAACACCCUCGGCGCAGCCACAAACACCCUCGGCAAAGGCGUCGCGGGCGUGACUGAAACGACGGGAAAUGUAGUCGCGGGCGCGGGCAAGGGGAUCGGUAAUACGGUUUCGGGCGUCACGCAGGGUCUAGGAGACACCACUAAAGCUGCUGGUAACUUUGUCGGUGACUCGACCAAGGCGGGCACGCAGAGUGCGGGCUACAACAAGAAUGAGACGACCGGGACGAAGCAAUAG